AUGGACAGUAGUCACGACGAAGGCAGCCAGCACGGCAGCAGCUUCGAAGCAGCCUUCGUUUCCUCUAGUCCCUUCUUUCGCGGCCUCAGCUCGUUUGUCCGGCGAGAAAGCGCCAUCGCUGCUUUCUCCUCAGAGGCUGAGUCUGGCCGAAAACCGCCCACGCUCAGCUGCCUCUCGCCGGAGGUGCUCGCCCGCCUAAGGUUCGUAGAGAACGCCGCUGGACGGCAACAAGGCAACCGGACGGCAGCAGCAGGACGAACAGAAGGGAGAACUAGCGUAGGCGAGCAAGACAUAUCACUCUUCAGCGAGGGCGGGAGAGUAGAGUGGUCGCGCGUGCGGAUAUCUGCAUCUGGUGAUGGUGGUGUCGAGGCUCUUGCCGAUGGCGCGCGUCUCGCCGUGGUUUGCCAUGCGGCGCUGCAGCGACACCAACAACAGCAACAAAGGCAAGGACAGCUGGAGCAACUUGCAGCGCCGACAUCAUCCCCCCUGCCACCGGUACCGCGAGAAGUGACAAAUGAGCGACUGCAGAUGCCGGGCGUGGUCGAACGCAUCGUCCGAGCGGAAUCGAGCAAAGAGCAAGUCUACGUGGCGCUCUGCGUCUGCCUGACAAUCCUGGAGCGGGCCUUGUACGACAUCUACCGCAAGGGAGCCAGCCAAACCAACAAUAACUAUCGCAGCGUGGGAGAAGAGCACGGCUCCGACAGUACGCUAGCUCAUGAGGAGAGUUUCGAAGGCAAAGAAGACGCCGAGGGCAUUGAUGGGCGUGGUGGGUCGCUUGGUGCGCCUGCAAUGAUACUCCGGGACCUGAUUGCGACCCCAGAAGUCAAGGCGGCUCUCCCUGAGCAGCUUGUGGCGAUUCUGCGUCUUCUUCUCCUGCCAAUGGGGUUUAAUGUUCGGAACCUCGUGUGGCACGGAUUUCUGGCUCCUUGCGAGCUCCCAAGAGAGCUAGCCUCCCUUGUCCUCGUGGUGACCCUGAGCAUCUCCGCCGACUCAUCGCCUGAGGGGGAGACAGGGGAUGUUGCACGUUUUGGGGAACAACCAGAACUCUCAUCGCGGAAGCUCCUGCUUUCACCGCCUACGCUGCCAAAGACGGCGCCCCAACUAGACCGUUCCUCUUCGGCGACAGCCUGGUGGGAGCUGGACUCUUUCGACAAUCGCCUAGCAUGUCCGCGAGCUCUUGCCUCGGCGGUUGAGUACCUGCUCAGCGCGCAGCACCGAGACGAACUGAAGACGUUGGUGAGGCGGUCGGCGUUCGUGCUUCCGGGGCGGGAAAAGUUGACAAUGCUUGCGCUGAGAGCACUCGGAGGUGAGCGCGACGCACAGGGUGAUGACGACGAGGAGGAAGGGAACGGUGGCGGCAGCGCGUUUUUCUUGGUGGCGGUGUUGCCUGUGCUGGAGCACGGCCUUCGGGUCCUGUUCUCGUGCGCGAAUGACUCUCCGGGGCACAUGUUCGCCCACGCGCAGCGGUAUUAUUCGACGCUGGACGGGUUCGGUCAGCGUGCGAGGCAUCAGCUGCUGCUGGAUCAAGAGAUGAGCGGUUGCCCCGACCGACCGAACUUGUUGUUGUCUGCCCUCGGUCCCGGAAUGUCGGCGUGUCUGCUCGACCUCUUCAUGAUGAGUGCCGGUCCCAACCUCCGUGGCAAGGUAGCCCACGGCGAGGUCGACGUGUCCCGCGUUUUUCUUCCCUCUCCGUCGUGCUCUCAGACCGCGCCUGAACUGGUUAAGCUUACGGCUGCGCUCUUUCUCGUUCUCUGUCGAAGAUACGACGCUGGCAGGGACACGGUGGAUCGCGAAGAAAGUGCGGGAGUGGGGCCUGUAGGCAGUAGCAACAGCUUCUCUCGCGCGUUCGCCGAGGCUCUUGACGAAUGCGAGGCCCACUGUUCGGGGUGGGUGCCAAGAUUCCACCCGCACGAGCUGCUCGAGGUAGACCUUAGGGCUUCUCGUGAUGAGUUCGAUGGGCUCGCUCUUGCCCUCGAGCGGCGCGCGAUAUCGGUCGAGGUUCUUCAUGGAAGUCACGGGGGAGAUCUUGCGCGCAUGUCAGUGGAGAUAUCGGGGGACGGCCGCCGCUGUGAUGGCCGGACAUGCGAGGAAGAUGGAGAGAUAAAUUGGGAAGUGCAGGGGAGGGAGGAGGAGGAGGAGGUGGUAGAGGAGGAGGAGGAGGAGGAAGAGGGAGAAAAAAAAGACGCGCAACCAUCCGAAGGGAGGGUGGUUUUGACAGUUACGGAUACUGCGAGUAGGUUGGUUGUGCCACCACCUCCCCGUGCACCCGAGGCAGUCGAGCACGACGCCAGGCUGCCUCCCGCAAAAUGUGGUGCCACUGGAAAGUUACAGAACAAGAAGAACGUGCAAGGGUCAACAAGCGGAAUGUUUGCAAGCCUCCUCAGGGUAGACGAGGCUCUCAGAGAGCACGGUGCCAGCUUAGCUCGCCGAUUCCAGCGGCAUCAACGGAGCGUAGAGGCGCCGACCCGAGCUUCAGCCUUUGCCGCCCACUACAACAAGCAGCAGCUGCGUCCGGGCGCGGAUGAUGGCCACGCUGUGUAA